GCAACACCCCCAUAUAGCCAGCACAAAACUCCCUGUUUCAAACUCCGGCGCACGGCAUCCUGACAGACACUCCCAGGAGAAUCAGCGCGAGCGCGCCGAAUAUAAGCGAAAGGCUCUUUCGCGAGAAGACACGUCCACAUAAAACGAUGGGCGCACAAGAACGCAGCACUGAACUAUGCCUGUCAAACAGUCUCCACAACAAGGAAUUACGUGGAGUGCCUGGAAUUUCUAUAACAGCGCGCUAUUUUCAUAGUCGAGGAUAGAAACUUUCGUUUUUAACACCCUAAUUAUGGGAUUUGAAUUCUAUUCCUCAUGGAUGAUUAACUGACCGCUCGCUCCUCGUCUCCGCCUCCGCCAUGAUCGCCACCGGCGGGCUCCUGCGCAUCUCGGCCCGGCGGCAGGACUCGCUGCGCUCCAAGAACCGCGCCGAGAACAAGCGCAAGCGGAAAGCCAAGAAGAAGCGCAAGAACGAGGUGGUGGUGGUCAAGGGGAAGCUGAACCUGUGCUCCGUCUCGGGCCUGGUGGCCGCCGUGGGCAUCCUCAUCCUCAUGGUGGGCAUCGCGCUGGCCGUGCUCGGCUACUGGCCCAAGGAGAGCCCGCUGUACCCAGGCCUGCCCACGCCCAAGGAGCCGCCAGCGCCGCCCGAGAAGAGGAUCUACGAGAAGAAGCUGGCCGAGUCGGCGAACUGGACAGUGGCCAGCCGGCUCGGAAAGCUGCUGUAUCACCUGGAGCGCGAUUUGGCCGUCAGCAACAACUCUAAUGGAACAGCGGAGGAGUCGCCCAAGUUGGGCUUCUUCUCCGAGUUUCUGAAGAACCACCUGUAUUCAGACAAGCUGAAGGUGCUUGGGCCACUUAUCAUGGGCAUUGGGAUAUUCCUCUUCAUUUGUGCCAAUGCUGUUUUGCAUGAGAACAGGGACAAAAAGACCAAAAUAAUCAAUCUCAGAGACAUCUAUUCCACCGUCAUCGACAUUCACAGCUUGCGGACUAAAGAGAACGUUCCGCUUAAUGGCUUUGUGAACUAUGUGCAGUCCAAAGGAGUGGAAGGCAAACCCAGUGCCAUGUACACAGCUGCUCUGUUGGCAAAGAGCUCAUGGCCGCCCGGUGCUGGUAAGCCAGAUGUGGAGGAUAUGAGCCCGUCGCGACGCCACUCGUUUGGCAAAUUUGAGAGCUGUUCAUUGGACAAGCAGACUUUCACAGACACGGUGUACAGCAUCUACAGGGAGCAGAACAGGACGGACAGGCCGGCCCCGACUCCCAAACAGUGGGAGACAAGGACCAUAGUCACGUCCUCCGUAAACGCCUUCACGCUCCCCAUGAUCAAGCUCAACAACCUGACCAUCGAGAACAGACGGGCCUCCGUCAAAGCGGACAUCGGGAGAGAGAGAGUGGACACGUCCUGCGACAGUCCCGGCCACGGCGGCGGCUGCACCACAGAGGCCAAGGUGGAGACGGGCCACACGCACACGGUGCUGACCCAGGACUCGGUGGAGGUGUACCAGAGCAGCGGCAGCCUCCUGGGGACCUCCCGCAUCUCCCCAGAGGGCUCCCAGGUGCAGUUGCUCCCCUCCUCGCCGGGCCCCAAGGUCACGGGGUCCCACCUGUCCCUGAGCGCCCUGUCGGACUAUUCCCGGUCUAUCGACCUGGGGAUCUGCCCCACCAGCCCCAAGGAGUGGCAGGUGGAGCGCUCGCGGCGCCUCAGUUGCCCCCGGCUCGAGGGCUAUGGUGGCGGGGGUUACAUUAAACUUGGGGACCUGGGAGGGGAGUCCUUUGAGUCGUCUGAGGUCGCACCGUUUAGUCAGGUGACGUCCAUGGAGGUACUGGACAAAGAGCAAACCGAACAACCCUCGGACGAAGAAGAGGGCAGUGCGGAAGAAGUCCAAGACGGCAUGACGAGGCAAUACUCCAACAAAGAGAAACUCAUGAUGAUAUCCCAGUCGGACGCUACUCUGGAGGACGAGGAGAUUGAGAGCUUGGACUAGGGAGAGCAGAGUGUCUGAAUCUGAAAGGGCCAGGGUCAGGUCAAGGUCAGAACUGUCUGAGGCUAUAUGAGAACCUUCAGUGAAUAACAGUAUCUUUGCAAUUAUGGUGUCAUCACCGACCAAGAGUCUCUGGCUGCCCAUUAGAAUACCAUUAAUACUGUAUGUAUCCAAUUUUGUAAUGCCUUCCCAAAAUCUGUUUGCAAUAUCCCACCAUGCAUUGCGGUGAUGUGUUCAAUGACGUGUACAGUGCAGAAUCGAACCCAAAGACUCUCCUUGAUGUUGCAGUUGGUGAAUUGCUUUUCUUGGAGGUGUUUCAAAGCAAAAAAAAAGUUUAAAAGGUAAAUUGACGGUUACAUAGCACAGGUGUAUCCACUAGAUUUACGAGUCUAUGAGUCGUGCAGUUCUGUUUGUGCUUGUCCACUUGUGUGGCUCUGUUUCUCUUGUCAAUGAUUUGAGAGUUGCUGUCUCUGCAGCAUGUGUUUUAUACUGUAGUUCCAUUGCACUUUUUGAAUACCAGAUGAUUUUUUGGUAAAGGUAUUAAUUCAACCCUAGCAAUAUUUUAAUUUGACUUCUCUGAUUGCUUGUGGAGGAAAUACGUUUUGCAUUGACUUGUUGACAAAGUAUGUUUUUUUUUAUUACACUUGUAUGUGACUUGCUUACUUUUUUUAGAUUAGCCUUGCUUGUUUAGAGAUCUUUGGUAAAUCCGAGAAAAAAUAUGAGCACAAACACCCUCUUUCUCUUAAGUGAAAUUCAACUUAUCAGGCAUCCUUGAUCCAGUCGGUGUUCACAAAUCAUCCCUAUGUUUGGGGUCUGUGUUUUUUGUAACCCACCCAAUGCUGUACGGUCUGACAGGACACAUGCUUAUAGUACAUGGUUUGGACUCUUCCAGUCACACUUGCUCAACCAAUCCAACUCACAGCAACGCAAAAGGAACAACAUACCCAGUUUGUGCUCUCCUAUCAGUUACAGUACUUACUGUCAACAUCUCUCAGCCAUCACUCUGUCAUAUUAGGGGGCUGCUCUAAGGCAUUGCAUUGAAAGGGAAUUGACUCACAUACAUUAAAGGAAUGGCACGACA